AUGUUCGAUGGCCGUAAGAUAACUCCGAAAGGAAAAGUCAGCUUAGAGUGCGAGUAUAAAGGCAAAUUUACCGUGUUAGACUUUGUACUAGUUGAACAAGAUCUACCAUCGAUUUUAGGAUUAAAAUCCUGUCUAGAACUCGGGUUGGUAAAGCGAGUUUAUAGCUUGGAAGUGGACCCACCGAAGAUCGAAACAGAAUUCAGUGACGUUUUCGAAGGUCUGGGAGAGAUUAAAGAUGUUCAGUACCAGAUUAAGAUUGAUCCGGUGUCCAUUCCAGUGGUGCAUCCUCCUCGAAGAGUUCCUAUGGCCCUCCGAAAGCCACUAGAAGAAGAGUUGCGUCGAAUGGAGAAGUUGGGGGUUAUUGAGAAAAAGAAUGAACCCACCGCUUGGGUACAUACUUUAGUCAUCGCCAGAAAAGCAAAUAAUAAAAUUCGAGUCUGCAUGGAUCCUAGCGAUUUAAAUAAAGUGGUUAUGCGAGAGCAUUUUCCUAUGCAGACCGUUGAAGAAGUUGUCAGCAGAAUGCCCAAUGCCAAAGUGUUUAGUGUUCUUGAUGCCAAUCAUGGUUUCUGGCAGGUGAAAUUGGCCAAUGAAAGCAGUAACUUAGCCACGUUUAAUACUCCAUUUGGAAGGUAUAGUUAUAAACGAUUACCGUUUGGAAUAGCUUCUGCUCCGGAAGUAUUUCAGAGUAUUAUGUCGAAUAUGUUUUCAGAUAUAGAAGGAGUCGAAGUUAUCGUGGACAAUUUGGUGGUCUGGGGAGAAGACGUGACGAAACAUGACGAACGACUUCGUUUGGUCUUAAAACGCUGUCGAGAUAAAAACCUUAAGUUGAAUCCAGAGAAGUGUCGAUUUCGUGUCCCCGAAGUAAGUUAUGUUGGCCAUGUUUUGAGUUCAGAUGGACUGAAACCAGACCCCCGGAAAACUGAAGUGAUUAAGGAGAUGCCACAGCCUACAAAUUGCGAAGAGUUGAAGAGAUUUUUGGGCAUUGUUACGUAUGUUGCCAAUUCCAAAUAUGGCACAGAUAACAACUCCACUAC